AUGCCUGUAACCGAGCUCGCCUUCCUCCCCCUCGCCCAGGGCACCACCCCAGCCAGCCCAGCCCUCCACGCCAAGCUCCAGAAAUCCAUCCAAGUCAUGCAAACUGCCCUCGGCAUUCCCGGCCGCCGCUUCACCUACUACCAGUCCCUCGAGACCCCUCAGCUCCUGUACCUCCUCGGCGACUGGCGUUCCCCCUCCGAGCACCGGGACCAGUUCCUGCCCAGCCCCGAAAACCAGGAGCUCCUCCAGCUCCUGCGAGACGACCUCGACAUCCCGCGCAUCGAGAUGUACCACGUGGACGUGCCCAAUGCUGCGGUGCCGGCGGAUGCGCCAGUGUUGAGCCUCGGCUGGUUCCGUGUGCGGGGCCAGGACAAGGCUGCUUUUGAGGGGCGGGCGAAGUCUUGGGCGUGGCUGAGUCGUCGGGACCCCGGGCAGGAUGGGGUGGGGGAGGCGUCUGCAGGGGGGUGGAGAAUCGAAAAGGCUUCAGACGGGCAUGACGAAGACGAGGGCCAAGAGAAGGAGGAGGAGUGGGUGUCUUUCUGUGGAUGGGAGAAUGUAGACGAGUACGAGAAGCUUGCGGAGGCUGUGGCUUUGGACAAGUCUGAGCACUUUCGGGAUCUUGUUUGCAGUUCUCAGGUGAGGCGUGGGAUUCGCAUCGACUUCGAGAAGAAUCACAUUGAGGCUACUCAAUGA